AUGUCUUGGGAUGACGAAGAUUUUGAUGUCCCAGCCAAAUCCACCAAGGCUGCUAUUGCCUCUUGGGAAGAUGAAGAAGAAGAUGCUGCUGUGUUAGAAUCAUGGGAUAUUGAUGAAGAAGAAGAAGAAAGAAAGAAGAAAGAAGCUGAAGCUAAAAAGGCUCAAGAAAAAGCUGAAUUAAAAAGAAAACAAGAUGAAGCUAAGAAUAAAAAACUUGCUGCUAAAUCUGGUGAACGUGUUUUAUUAGAUAUUGAUACUCUUGAUGAACAUACUAGAAAGGAAUUAUUAAAAGAUGCUGAAAAACAAUCUGAUUUACAAAAUACUCAAGAAUUAUUUGCGGGUUUAUCCGUUGAUGAUGGAUUAGAUUUUGAUAAAUUAAAUGAACAUCCAAGAGAACAAGUUACAAAAGCUGCUAUAUUAGCAGCUCAAUCAAAAAGACCAGUUAUUACUAAAGAUACUCCAUUAGAAGUUCAUCCAUUAUUUCAACCUGCUACUAAAGCUGAAUAUGAAAAAUUAAGAAAAACUUUAGGUACUUCAUUAACUAAAUUAGCUGAUGAUUCAUUAUUAAAUUAUUCUUCAUCAUUAGCCAUUGAUUUAAUUAGAGAUUUAGCUCAGCCUUUAUCCCUUGAAAAUGCCAGAAAAUUAGUUUCAACUUUAAAUGUAUUAGUUAAAGAUAAAGAAAGAUUAGAAAGACAACAAAGAUUAAAGAAAGCUGGUGGAACUGCUACUGGUGGUGCUGGUAAAAAGAAGGCUAAAACUGCCGUACCAAAUGUUGGAGGUGGAUUUAAAAAGGAUGGAUUUGAUGAUUAUGGUGGUGAUGAUUUUGAUGAUGAUGAUUUCAUGUAA